AUGGCUGUGGUAUCUGCGACCUCUAACGGUCUUGUUGAAAAUACAACAGAAACAAAAGAGAAUAAAAAGGGAUGGUUAUCAAAACGUACACAUUUCAGUUAUCGUUGGAAGCCUGCGUGGUUUGAGGUGACAGAAACUAAACUCUUGUAUGGUGAAAAUGAAGAGGAGCCCCAGAAGACUAUUAACCUCAUCGGUGCUGAGGUUGAGGCGUUGGAGGGCGACGGGGCUUUCGGCUGGACAAUUACCCCCAAGGACAGCAGUCGGACCUUCUUCCUGCGGGCUAGCAGUGAAGCGGAGCAACGGGGUUGGAUGCUUGCGAUAUGCGAAGCUCAGCUAAGCUCGACAGAACAUGCCUCGAAUGCUUGCGUGGUGCAGUAGCUGCAGUCGAUAUUUAUGAACAUUGAACAGGGUUAGCAAAAACAGCAUUUGUACCUCUAGUUUACUAGUUUUGAUAAGAUAUAUUUUGGACUUUUACGAUAUAUUUGAUGGGCAUACUCAGGGAAACACGUAAGUUAUCAUUUGUGGAGUAACUUCUUUUGUAACUUCUUUUGUUUUUAAACUGAUGAAACCAUCAUGGAUGUCUUUAACUGACAAAUAUGUUUAUUGUUUUGUUUGUUAGUUCUUCCUGAUGCGC